GUGAUGGCAAAUGCCCAAUUUGUGAUUCUUAUGUAAGGCCAUAUACACUAGUACGUAUUUGUGACGAAUGUAAUUAUGGGAGUUACCAAGGACGAUGUAUUAUUUGUGGAGGUACAGGAAUAUCGGACGCAUAUUAUUGUAAGGAAUGUUGUCUAUGUGAAAAAGACAGGGAUGGGUGCCCCAAAAUCGUAAACCUAGGAAGUGCAAAAACUGAUCUUUUUUAUGAAAAUAAAAAAUAUGAAUUUAAGAAACAAUAA